AUGAGUAGCUCCAGCUCGCAAAUUUGGACCUGCUCACGCUGUCUUCGCGCUCAACGGCUCUCGAGCAUCAGCGCUGGUCCCUCCAUAUUCGAGUCUGGAGCAAUGGUCCGAAGUCGCCGCCCGUUCAGUACCGCAGCGUCGUUGCAAGAAGAAAAUACCUCGAGCCCGAAGAAUGAAGGUACCGGUGGGAAUGAAAAGAGUGGGCAGGAUGAGGAAGAGGAGGGAGCUAUGUCUCGGAGGCUGGCUGAGAUGGCAGAGGAAGCAAUGGAUACAGGUGGUAAUAGUGAUCGCAAGUUGAUGCAGGAUGUAGGCUUCUCGGAUGAUUUAAAACAGCAAUUAGAAGAAAGAAUUGCCCAGACAGGUUUAACUGCGCAAAACCAGAAGGCUGCGAGCCAAAUCAACAUGCCGAGCUCCGCCGGAAAGGGGACGCAAGACAUUGCAGGUGCGGAGCCUUGGACAGGCUCCGAGUCCCUCCACGAUUCCGCUCUCCGUAUGCUAGAUGACAGCCAUAAGAAGCUACGCUCGUCACACAAACCACCAUCAGUCCCGCAGAAAGUCAACCUCCGGCCGGCACCCAAGAAGAAUAUCUCUGCGGCCGAUCGACUGGCCAAUGCACGAGACAAGACGUCCAUAUACGCCUUCAGCCAGCAAAGUGACAUGAGUGAAAAAGAGCGGGAGAAAUGGCGAAAGGAACUCAAAGACCGAUUCUCGCCUGGUGCACGACCUAUGCCAACGACUCUCCAAGGGCUAUCGAGCCUAGCGAACGAGCGCAUUGAAGACGCCAUAGCGAGAGGCCAGUUCAAAAACAUCCCACGAGGCAAAGGCAAAAACGUCGAGAGAGAUUAUAAUGCCAAUAGCCCCUUCCUUGACACCACCGAGUACUUUAUGAACAAGAUCAUCCAGAAGCAGGAGAUUGUACCGCCUUGGAUCGAGAAGCAGCAGGAAUUGGUCAAGGCAGUCGCGAGUUUUCGUGGCCGUUUGAGAAAUGAUUGGCGCAGGCACGCUGCGAGGAUUAUUGCAAGUUCUGGCGGGACAAUCGAAGACCACGUACGCAGGGCCAAAGGUUAUGCGUUGGCGGAGGAGAAAGUCAACCCUCGCGUGCGCAAGGUGGAGAACUUGAGCUCCAUCUCCAGUGAUGGUAUGCUGACGAGCAUCACCGUCGAAGAAAGGAUCGCAGCCGGUGUGCCUGCAGAGGCGGAGGUCAAGCAGACAGGGCCUGCUCAAGAAGAGGUGGAGAUCAAAGUCACUGAACAACCAGCUGAGACUGCUCCUUCGAUGACCGCCAACGACGUCGCCGCCGCUGCAGAGCCACCAACAAGAGCACCAGAACCCGCCGGAAACUCGGUCCUCCCCGUGCCCCACCCUUUCCGGGACCCAGCGUGGGAAAAAGCCGAACUAGCCUACCACACGCUCGCGGUCCAGGAACUCAACGCGCUCACGCGCUCAUAUAACCUGAUGGCGCCCAAGAUCGCCCAAAAGCCAUAUUACACCCUGGAGCGCGAGCUGAACCGGUGUUUCGCGGACGUGGCCCCGACACUGACCGACGAGAUCCUCGAGCGCAGCCGCAAGCCCGUGGUCAAGAUCGGCGUCAUGCCGCAUCGUGAAGGCGGCGUCUUGGAGCGCUUUGGCCAAGGCGUUGGUGCCGAGCGGUAUCGCGGUCAUGAAGGCCGGAUUAGAGAUGAGGUGGAGGGGAAGGGAUAUGGUUUCCGGGAGUUUUGGCGCGAUCUGUUUCGGAGUGAUAAGAAGGCGGAAUCCGUGUCGAGAAGGAAGGAGACCAAUGCAGCCUGA